AUGCUCUGGCCGCGCCUCUUGGUGGCAAAAAGUAUACGCAGAAGCAUUUUCAGAACAAAGAUACCCGCAACAUGGAUUGCAUUACGCACAUUUGGGCGUACAAGAACUUCGUAUCUUCCGGCUGUGGCUGCUUUACCAGCUACGCCGGAAACCUACCUCGCUCUUCGCGCAUCGCCCCAUGAGCUUCAUACGCUUCCAGCCAUAUCCAUCGAAGCUUUGAUAUAUGAAGCAGGCCAAGCAGGUCUUUCUGGACUGAUUGGGACCAUGAUCUCUGAUGUGAUGGAAUACCGAGCUGCAGACGCAGGGUCGGAUCGACAGCAGCGCUUGCUGCUUGCCUUACUUACUAUGUCCAGCAUGUAUCAAAAAAAAGUGCCUAUGGCGCCUGAUAUUGUAGUGGAUCUGGCAGCACAGUAUAUUCAGGCUGCAGGUGUCACGAACCUGUCGCCUUCGAUCGCUGCCCACAUCAUGCGCCAUUGCUUCGCGAUUCGUCGCAAAGACGGCGUGCCGUGCCGACUGAUCCACUCCUUGUUCUAUCACCUGGCUCAUACAGCCGAAUACCCUUUGCUCGAGGAGGGACUGCAGGUAAUCGAAUGCAUGUUGCGAUACGAAUGGAUCGAUCCUUCGAUGAUCAUGGACUUUGUCGUCAAGACCGCUGAAGUCGAUGGCGAUCGACUUGGAAAGCAUACUUUGGAGCAAGCUCGAGCUGAUGGCUUCGCAUGGCAAAGAUGGGCACAAGAUGCUGGUGGUUUUGUCGCAGUGAGCGAGCUUCGUCACGGCAAAGGCGAUGAGGUACGCGACUAUGCCUUCCGCAUUACCAUAUGGUCACUAGCCUGUCGCGCGUGGAUUCGCCUCAAUCGCUCAACUCGGUUCCGAGAAUCAUUUCUGAGUCUUUACCACGAGUACUUGGCUGCGACAAAAGCCGUGACGAUGGGUGCCACAUCGCAGGCGGCGCCGUGUGUGUCGAUGUUACGCGCGCUGCUGCAGGCUCAUCUCGUGAACUUGGCUGGCACGCGCCGUGCAAAUGCUUUUCGAGCAGCGCUUGCUACACUGAAGCAGGUACCUAAGGAACUCGUCGCCCAAGUGUCGCCACGUGUUAUCCAAUCUUUGUGUAAUACAGCCCUCGAUCUAGUCGAUGUGACGACGGCGGCUUCCAUCUUGAAGUGGUACAUUUUAUGCCUUCGGCACAUCAAUGAUGAUGAACGACGCCUGGUUCGUUUUUUGCGUGAUAUGCACCCAGCAAUUUUGGUACCCAUAUUGACCCACCUGGCCGAGUCCGUUGAUCGGUCAGCUGCAGCCAAAUGGGCUGACUGGCUCGUUGGAAUGGAAGAGGAUCCAUACAUGGAUACAUUUCCUGAAGCAUUUCGUGCGCGAUGGCUGAUGUGUUUGUGCUCGUUGGACUUGUUGGAACAGGCACGAGCUUUGUAUCGUCGAUGGACAGGUGCCAGCGGUUCACCACUGGAGCCCAAAGUGCGCGCUGCCUAUCAGAGUCGCCACACAAGUAUGAAUUUUUCUGGCAAUGCUGUGUACAGACAGAUCCACCAUGCAUUUGGCUCGCAAGCGCCGCAUGAGAGCGCAGAAGUCGUGCAUCCCGCAACCGACAAUAUCAUUCAUCGUAAUGGAGCCUGUAUGCUGGCUCUAGUACGCAAGUUUGGCCAUGGCACACAGUGGAAAAGUGCACCUGAUACCCAGUUUGCUCGAGCUGUUCGCGACGACUUUUUAGUGCAUGUUUAUGGAAGUCAUAUGCCACCAAGUCAUUAUGAACUCACUGCGCUCCUGCAAGCUUGCAUGCUUCUCAGAGAGCACCAAGUGGCAAUGCGUGUGUUGCGUACGAUGGAGUCUUUCGGGUACGAGUUAGAUGCCAAAGACAUGGCCGUGCUUCUUGGUGGCAUGAUGGAUGUGAAUCCCUCGGCAGCCGUCAUGAUAAUGAAACAUUUAUCAGCUCCCUUGUCCCGAAACCCGCAUUUGUAUGCUGCUGUCCUCUCUCGUUGUGUCAGCUCGAGUCACUUUGAGCUGGCAGAUCAAGUAUAUGACAUGGCCUGCCAACACUACCUCGGCUCGAAGGUCGCUAGACUAGCACCAGGCACAUUGCUUGCUUGCUCUCGUGACCGAUCUCCUACAUUAGUGAACCGUGCCAUCACGAUGAUGCGCGAUGGAUGGAAACCAAAAGGAAAACUCCUGAAUUGGAUUGUGCGGACCGUCGUGCGCGGCAUGAGUCUCCGUGAUGCUCGCCUCUCUGUCUCUCGACAUGGAAUCUCGCACGAUUACGACGUGGAAGCAGGCGUGCGUUUGUAUGUGCACAUCGCGUCUAAGCAUGGAUGCGCCGACAUACCUACAGCAAGGCUCAUUUUGUAUCAUAUCUUUCUCCUUACGACCCGUCCUUCUACGCCACACACAUCUGCCGCAUGGCAAUCGCUAUGGUCAGCGAGGGUUGAUGCCGUGCUCUGUGCCGUGUUCUCUACGAUGCGUGCGGACAUACCAUAUUUCCCUAAGCCAGAGUCUGAGAGAUGGAAGAACAGUUUCCCUAUACCACUCUCUUUCAUCCAUGAAGCUCUUCGAGCUUACACGAGCCUACAAGACCAUGCUGGCACACAGGAGCUGCUUGCAUGGCUACACUUGCAUGGCUUAUCCACUUCCUUGAUGCGGAACAUGUCGUCUGACAAAGAGCUGCGUGGACUGCCGCAGGUACAAGCUGACACGAUAAGGCGCCAAAAGCCGUGGUGGUUUUCAGCGGAAACUAGCUCGACCGUGGCUUGA